AUGUCUGGUAUUGUGGUGAUAAGGAGAUGUAUUUUGCAGAGGCCUCAUGUGAGAGGAUCAGUUCGUCUUCAUUUUCGUGGUUUCGUUAGCGGUCAGCAAUUGAUGAAGUCCAAUGCUCCGCAGUUCGAUGAAGCUGAGUUGUUGGCGCCAGAAUUGGAAUCCAAGCCUUACAAGGCCAAGAAAUCACUCAUGGAUUAUGAAUGGCCAGAUAAAUCCCCUGAGGAGUUAGAAAAAGAGAACCAGGAUAAGACUGAGAAGCUCAUGAAGCUUUCAGCUAUCCUUCAAGGGCUACUGGUAUUGGCGGGAGUUGGUAUUGGCGCGACGGUUUACUCAAAAUGGCCUCAAAUUAAGGGCUGGUGGAUGACAAAGGAUAUGAGAGUCGAUGAUGAUACGAUUGAGAAGUUGUUCAAGAAAAAGGCUAAAAAGUCAUUGGCAGAUAUCCCGAUCAUUCCCACUACGGAACUGGGGUUUGAAGUUCCUGGUCUGUACUUUUGGGGUGGCGAUGGUGAAGGCCUAAAGAAAUCUAGGCCUGGCUCUGUGUUUCCUAGAAGAAACUCUCUAUUCGAUGGAAAGUACUUGAGGGAUGUUUGCCUCACUACGGUGAACAACGUUCAGGCAAACCUUGCAAUUGAUGAAAAAGGUAAUCUGCUGAAGUGGGAUAACAAUAAAUGCGAAUGUAUACUGGCAGACCAGAAUCUCGUAUCCGUGAAGGAAUCCAAUUCUUGUGCGUAUGCUCUAAAUAAGCGUGGCGAAAUAUUGAUCGUACCAUUGAAUUCUGGAGAUGUAAGGCUAGCUCACAUCGAUAUGAAACGGUCAUGGUUGUUGCCUUGGAGACGUUACACAAACUACGGUUUCAAGCUAGAUACUAAAAGUGUGUUCAAAGGCAGUGGCGAAAAGAAGGUACGCGAUUUUGACGUUGGCAAAGAACACCUGGUGCUGAUUUCGAACGCAGGAAAGGCCUACUCUUGCGCAACGGGUGUCAAAGCUUCAGAGGGGCAGAGGCCCUGUGGUCAAUUUGGUGUUCCAACCUUGUCCCAUUUUGACAAAUUUCCACCGCCUAACAAGUUAUAUGAGAUUGAGCUGUUAAAUAAUGGCUUAACCGAAGAUAAAAAGGUCGAGAAACGUAAAAUAGAGCAAAUCGCAUGUGGCAAUUUUCAUACUCUCGCAAGAGAUUCGAAUGGGAAUUUGUUCGUUUUCGGUUUGAAUAGGUAUGGUCAAUUAGGGUUACCGAUACUUUACGAUAUUGAUCAGGCUCCUUAUCCAAAGGUUUUGAACCGUUUCAAUUCUUACUUCAGUAGGGACAUUGACGUUAAAUGCGUUGACGUACAUUGCAGUGGAGAUACUUCUUACGUGACAAUGACCGCCAACAACUUGGGAGAUAGAACUACACAAUUACCAGCGGAAAGCAUAUCCUAUUUUGCAUUUGGUAGUGGCCAAUAUGGUGAAUUGGGUAAUGGGAACUUUAGAAACUCACAGUCAGAACCUACGCCCUUGAAGGAUCUUCCAGCAUCAAACAAAAUUGAAGAAUGGGCUUGCGGAGAGAAACAUGUCUUGUGUAAAUUGCACAAUGGCGAUGUUUGCGCUUGGGGUUUGAAUGAUCAUGGCCAGCUCGGUACUGGAAAACGUAUCAAGCAUGGUAGACCCGUCAGCAUACCUGAAGCACUAACUCCAGGUGCCAAGAACUCACCUGAGGAGCUUUUCAAAACGAAGCUUAAACUGCUGCCUGGCCAGUAUUUGGCGGCGGGCGGAGAUUCGAGCUGUAUAUACUGGAAGAAAUGA